GAGGAAGAGGAGGAAAAAAGGAGAAGGGGUGAAAGAGGAAAAGGAAAUCUCUCGGGGAAGGUGGAAUUUCCUUGUUCGAAUUGAAAAUACGGAAGGGGAAGAAGAAGCACUGAGAUUAGAACGGAAAAGGAAGGAGGAAGGAAGGAGAGUAAAGAAAAUAAGGAUGACGUGGUCGUCGCGGGCUGUUUGAUCGUCAGGUCGUGUUUAAGACGGAAGCCCGCGAGUGACGCUUCCUCGUUGUCAGGAGCCGUGACCUUGGGAGCAAGAUGGUCACGAGACCGCUCCUGAUACUCUCGUUGCUCCUCCUCGGUGCCUUCGACGCGCCUGGCAUCGAGAGAGCUCGCGUCAAAUAUUUCGCAAUGGCCGGUACUGCAUGCAAUGCCUGUAGGAUGCACGAAGAAAUCAGGGCUCUCAGUCUCGAAGCUAUCAAAGAGCAAAUACUUAAUAAGCUCGGACUGAAACAGGCGCCUAAUAUGACUGGUAGGGCCUUCCCGAGAAUCCCGCCUAUUUCGAAACUUAUGGACAUGUACGGAAUGCAGGCCGAUCAACCUCAAUCGGUAGAACCUGGUAUCACUUAUCACGAGGAAAUUGACGAAUACGCCGCUAAGACCGAGAGCAUUUUUGCCUUGGCACAACCACAUCAAAGGCUAAGGCAUUCGAAAGGUCUAGACGUGUUAUACUUCAAGUUCUCCGAUAAGGUGGUUCAACAUCGAGUGACGAGAGCAGAAUUAUCUCUUUGGGUUUGGGGUACCAAUCAAGAUAGUGACGAACCGAGCGACUCGGUUAAACAGGAUAAUAUAGAAACGCAUCACGAAUGUCCUAUGACAAUCACACUUCAAAGGAUUCUUCGUGGUGGUACAGAAUCAGGUGGCCCAUUAUUGGGACCAUCGUUAACAACGAAACAUUCUCGACCGAUUGGUCGCAGAGGUGCUUGGGUGACAAUUGAAUUAAGAAGAAUGGUGGCUGAAUGGUUCAAGCAUCCUAGAGAUAACUUUGGUGUCGCAUUAAAAAUCUCGGGUCCUGGUGGGAAUCAUCGUAGGAAUUCGAGACUCGUCGAGACGAAUCCUGGUGCUGAAUUUGCCCCCUAUCUCGAAGUGCAGACACAAGAAUUGGACACGAGAAGAGGUGGUAGGAUUAAAAGAAACGUCGGUCUUAAUUGCGACGAGGCAAGCCAAGAAACGAGGUGCUGUCGGUACAAGCUAACCGUGGAUUUCGAGAAAUUUGGCUGGGAUUGGAUAAUCGCGCCUAAAAAAUACGACGCGAAUUAUUGUUCGGGUGAUUGUCCAAUGGCAUUUCUUCCAGCCUAUCCGAACACUCAUAUAGUUAGCUUGGCGGAACCACCAAAUAACACGGGACCAUGUUGUGCUCCGAGGAAACUUUCGGAGAUCACGAUGCUGUAUUUUGACAACGAAUAUCAGAUCGUUUUCUCGCGGUUACCAGGCAUGGUCGUUGAACGAUGCGGAUGUUCAUAGUCCCAUUACUUCCAUUUUGGAAUAGCGAAAAGGACAAAGAGACAUGCGUCGUUGGUGAAUCCUCGAGAAAAGAAAAAAAUAAAAAAAAAAACAAAAAUAAACAAACACAGAAAAAAAUAAUAAUAAUAAAAAAAAUCGUUCAUCUGAUAGACUGAAAGUGCCUUGUUCGGAAUUGUUAGGUGCCGCGUGCUUGAACGUUUAUGCGAAUAAAAUGGCGACCAAGAGAGAGAGGAAUGGGGAAAAAAAAAACACGAGAAAAAGGAUAUAAAUGCUUGAUAAUAGUAAUAAAAGAUGUCGGAAAAAGAGAAAAGUUCGAGCGGGCAUUUCGAUGGUGAUUCACGGCAAGGCGAAUAGUUCCUAGAGUCACGGUAUUAUUUUUAAGGCGUUAAUGCGUUUUCUCCUAAUACAGGAGAACGACUCUUUAUAAAGCGUUUUGGUUUCUUCCCCGUCACGUAUACCCUAUAUACUCCUUCUAUUAUUUUUAGUUUAACUUCUUCUUUCCUUCGUUUCGGUCUAAGAGACAUGUUAACGAUGAACUUCGAACAUAUAGAUCCCGUCCUUUUUGUUUUUCAAUUAUUACAAUUUCUCUCUCUCUCUUUUUCUCUAUCUUGUCAAUUGUACUGUUAGCAAUUAGCAAUACUAUAGUGUUCGCUACUGUAACAAAAAUCAUGAGAUCGUUCAUUUUACAUUUAUGAUAAUGGUUAUUGUUGAUUGAUGAGGACGUACUGACCAGAAAAGAUCUCGGUGUACAGUGAAAUAACUCUUUGAUUAUUUUUAAACAUUCUCUUUUUCUUUCUCCAAUUUUCUUCAUCUUUUUUUUAAUCUUUCUCCUGUCCGUUCGUAUUUGUUUUCCUUUUCUUUCCUUUUUUUCUUUUUUAUUCUAUUUUUAAAUCAAUAGUACGAAUGAUUGUGAGAUAAUGCGUAUGAACCGUGAAUGUGUACAUAAAGUAAUCCAAGCAAGUGUGGCAUUACCAUUUAUCAAAUUUCUCGAUUAAAAUCGAGGAAUUCGUAGAGGAGCGAAUUAAUUAACGAAACUCCGUCUCUUUUUUAACGUGAAUAUCUAAUAGGGUAAGUUGUAGAUAAAAAGUGUAACUGACCCAGGCAUUUGUCUCUUUUAUUAAACUGUACCGUACAAUAUCGAAGGCUUCCUUCCUGCGCCAUUUUCAUCAUAAUUCGCGAAUACGAUUUAACGUAAUAAUCGUUAAAAAUUUUUGAUACACAUGAAUUUCAUUCUACCAUUCUUUUACCCUUUUUCUCUAUCCCAUUCUCUUCCUAUCUUUCUAUCUCCUUGUUCAUAUUUUUUCACUCUCUACAGCUUCGAAUUUUCCAAGUUAUGUGCACCGUAGUGAACUUUUUGUAUAAUAGAAUAGGUAAUUAACAUGUGCACCGCCUCAAAAUUUACAACGAAUUAUGCGAUAAAAGUGUAUAAAAAUAUAUUAGAUGUACAAAUAUGAAUAAUCCAUAUUUUUUAUCAGUAAUUACAACAAAUUAAUAUUGUCUUUAUUAUUUUCCUUUUUACGGUUUCAAGUCACUUUUCUACAAACAACCCCUUCUUACACAUAACCAACAUUUCUCACAUGUUUUACUAUCUCUCUAAAGUCAACAGCACACCAUGUAAUAACUGUGCCCAUCGUUGCAUAACUUUAGUGAUCCUAUGGAAACUACAAAAUUUAUGUUUAGGUUAAUUGAUUUUCUCGUUCUUUUGCGAUUACAUUUUAUUGACAUAUUGUUCUUGCAAAUGAUAAUUGGUUUAAAACAACUGAAUAUAAUCUUAAAUAAUAUUGAAUUAAGUAGAGUAGAACAUGGCGACUGAUACAAUGCACACAUUUUACAUCAUGUGUCUUUUUCUACUUAAUAAAACGACAUAAACAUUUUUUUUUACAAAAUGAAAUUUACUAAAAAAAUAUAUUUUUUAUAAAAGUUUUUCUUGUAUGAGAAACGAGCAAAUAAAAAUGGAUAUCGAAUGAUAAUACGAAACUAUGAAAAUUUUUGGUAAAUUCUCGGGCAAAGUCUAAUCGUUUUAGAAAUAAAAAUUCUGCUGUACAAUUGGUGGGGAAUAUCAAAAUGUUUAUUUAGUAAGAAUUGUUAAAAUCGAAUGUGGAUUAAUGUCAAUUAUUAAUUGGCGUCAAGACUUGAGAUAAAAAUGUUUAUAUACUAGCAAUGAAAAGCGUCAUGUAAAAUUAUUGCAUAAUAAAAUCAGGUCACACACUGUCUGUUCUUGCCACAAAAGAUAUAAUAAAUCUUAACUGGUAUAUCAUGGAGCAUACAAAA